UUAGCCUCAAUCGGAGGCCAUCCCUCAUAAUCUCUCUCCCUUUCUCUCUCUAGGAUUGUAAGAAUGGGUCAGGGAACUCCAGGUGGUCUGAACCGGCAAUCCCCCGGCGACCGGAAGUCCGACGGCGACAAAAAGAAAGACAAGAAGUAUGAACCAGCGGCACCGCCGACCCGAGUUGGCCGGAAACAGCGGAAGCAGAAAGGUCCGGAGGCGGCGGCUCGGCUGCCCACAGUGACGCCUCUCACAAAGUGCAGGCUGAGGCUUCUGAAGUUGGAGCGCGUCAAGGAUUACCUGUUAAUGGAGGAGGAAUUCGUCACUAAUCAGGAGCGCCUUAAGCCGCAGGAGGAGAAGGCGGAGGAAGACCGCUCCAAGGUCGAUGAUCUGCGAGGAUCUCCCAUGAGCGUUGGGAAUUUGGAGGAGUUGAUUGAUGAGAAUCACGCGAUCGUUUCAUCUUCAGUUGGACCGGAGUAUUACGUUGGUAUUAUGUCUUUUGUUGAUAAAGACCAGCUAGAGCCUGGGUGUGCAAUUUUGAUGCAUAAUAAGGUACUCUCUGUAGUUGGACUUCUCCAAGAUGAGGUUGAUCCAAUGGUGUCUGUGAUGAAAGUUGAGAAGGCCCCUUUAGAGUCAUAUGCUGAUAUUGGUGGAUUAGAUGCUCAGAUACAAGAGAUUAAAGAAGCUGUUGAGUUGCCAUUGACUCAUCCUGAGCUAUAUGAGGACAUAGGUAUUAGGCCUCCUAAAGGUGUAAUACUAUAUGGGGAGCCAGGAACAGGCAAGACUUUGCUUGCAAAGGCAGUGGCGAACUCAACUUCUGCAACUUUCUUGCGUGUUGUUGGAAGUGAACUCAUCCAGAAAUACUUGGGAGAUGGGCCAAAGUUAGUGAGGGAACUCUUCAGGGUUGCUGAUGAUCUCUCACCUUCAAUUGUUUUUAUUGAUGAGAUCGAUGCAGUCGGCACGAAAAGGUAUGAUGCUCACUCUGGAGGUGAACGUGAGAUCCAGAGAACAAUGUUGGAAUUACUGAACCAAUUAGAUGGUUUUGAUUCAAGAGGAGAUGUUAAAGUGAUACUUGCUACGAACAGAAUUGAAAGUCUUGAUCCAGCUUUGCUUCGACCUGGCAGAAUAGAUAGGAAGAUUGAGUUUCCCUUGCCUGACAUAAAAACCAGGAGGCGUAUUUUUCAGAUUCACACAUCAAGAAUGACAUUGGCAGAUGAUGUCAACUUAGAGGAAUUUGUGAUGACCAAAGAUGAAUUCUCUGGUGCUGAUAUAAAGGCCAUAUGUACUGAAGCUGGGUUGCUUGCUCUGAGGGAAAGGCGCAUGAAGGUCACACAUGCCGACUUCAAAAAGGCAAAGGAGAAGGUUAUGUACAAGAAGAAAGAAGGUGUGCCUGAAGGUUUAUAUAUGUGAUGAAGAUUAUCAGAAGUGUGUUUGAAACUGUUCGAAGAAAUGUCUUCUUUCACAUUUUGGAGUUGGAAAUACUUUCUCCAUUAUCAAACUUUAAGCAAUAUAUACUUGCUUUUUGAUUCUGAAGGUAGUUCUUUGGGUAGCCUUUGUUGGAGAUGUGUUUCCAAUGUUCUCCAAACUGUUCUUCUCCUAAUGAUUAGAACUGUAAUGCAUCAAAAUUUUGAGAUAAUCAUAUAUUUCACCUAUAUGGUUUACAACA